UUAGGAAGAAUGGCAACACUUAUUGUGAAUGGCAAACUAAAACGCAGAUAUUCAUUUAUUGGGGAUUUUUAACAAAGAUAUCCGCAAAGAAAUCAUAUUUCUCGAUUUGCUUUGCCAUUAAGUGGUUGCAAAACAUAUUUGACAAGUGUGUGCAAAGACAGUAAACAUGGUUUACCUACAAAUUGUUUUGGGAAUUGGCUGCGUAGUUAUAGCUGCAGCUACAGCGGUUUAUUUUUCCAUGUCCUCUCCGCAACCCGCUCACCAGAAUCAAACGCGAAGACGACCUGAUAACGACGAUGACGACGAAACGGACAAUGAUUUCUAUGGAUUUAAAGGAGAUCAACAAAAUAGAAAUCGUCUUCGCCCAAGCCGGCCUGAUGACAAGUGUAUCAUCUGUCUCGAACCGAUGACCAAAGAGAGAAUGCGAACAAUGCAUUGUGGGCAUGCACUGCACGAAUAUCCGUGCUAUGCACAAUACCGUUUGUGGCGCCGUCAGUGUCCAUACUGCAAUCAGCUGGUUAUACGAAUCGAUCUGCCGGGCGAAGACUGCGCCAUCUGCUGUGAGCCCAUGGAACAGCACAAUAUAGAGUAUCUAAAGUGCGAGCAUGCUCUGCACAUCGACUGUCUAUGCAACUACAGGAAAAAUCGUUACACAACAUGUCCUGUUUGCACCAGGGCACUGUAACCACUCAUAUUGAGAGGGAAUUUCAAGUAACAUAAAAGCAAUAUCAAAUAACUGACUGCUAUAAAACAAAACUUUGUAAUCAAACUCUUAAGCGGCACAAAUUUGGAUCAUACAUAUUGUAAGCAUCUCUUUACCAGUAUAGCUUAAGUGCCUUCUUUCAUUAAUAUUUUUGUUGUUCAAUUAAAUGAA